UAAAAACACCACAUUAAUGGCAGCCGUUCAAGUCUAUUCAGAUGCAAUCAGAAAAACACUAGAAGCUACAUUAUGCUUGAGAGCAUUUCCCUCAGAAAUCAUAGAAAAGCAAAGCAAACCAGAAAUCGAAUUGAAUGGGUAAUGAUAUUCUUUCUAUAAGGUUUAGUUAUUCAUCCAAAACCAGACAACUAGUUUUGUCACCAAUUUAUUUGUGCAGAAGUGAAAAGGAGAAAUGUGUUAUUGAGCCUUCAAUUAAUUCAACAAGAGUAUUUCUAGAUUAUAGAAUAUAUAGAUCAGCUUCUCAAUUAAGGCCCUAGAUGAAGUAGAUAAAUUGAUAGGUGAAAAAUUUGCCAAGUAUUUGGCAGUCAGAGCCGAUUAUUUUGAAAUUUUAAGAAGGAAACCAAUUCCAGUAAGCUUUUAUCUUAAAAUAAAGGGAUAUGACAUAAGUUUCUUGAUUUUGGAUUCUCAUUUAGAAAAAUACAGUGUUCAAGGGAUUAUUAAUUUUAUUAUAGAUUAUGUGGAAAAUAUUGAUAAGGAUCUAAGUGACAUCAAAUUGAAUAUCAACACUUAAGCAAGAAUUACAGCUGCCUGCUUUGUAGGAGGAUUAGCAAAUUAAUGAGUAUUAAAUAAAAAAUUAUAUAUUAUCA